AUGGCGGAUAAGUCCGCGUUCGUGCCUGUCGAGGCCGUCACGGACCGAAAAGGAUCCGCUGAAGUCGAAGCUGACAUCGACGCUGAAUUAUUCGGAAAGAAGGUAGAUGCGAAAUCACCAGUAAAGAAAGAACCUGAACCGCCUCCACCACCACCACCACCACCACCACCGCCACCGCCACCGCCACAAGAACCACCGAAGGCUGCUCCACGUUAUCAAUACAAAAAGUCGACUACGUAUCACAAAUCGUAUGCGUAUGCCAGAAAGUGA